CCCAGCCUUCACACCUUCAAUUUGACAAAAACAAAAACUUCGAGCAGUAGAGCUUUCCGACGGCCUCCCUAUCUCCCCGCCGUAGGGGUUGGGCGGCCCGCGGUGCUCCACCACUACCUCCAUGUCAAACCCCACCACCCCACCUCUACCACCUCAGCCGUCACAGCAUCCACCCUCCUCCCCGCCGCCGCCUCAUGUAGCUUCCUCUCUUUGCAAACAGAAUUCUUGGUCCCCCGACUCCUACCGCGACGAGGCGUGGCUGCGGCGUAAGGACCGACGUAACAGGCGGAGCAAGAGUGUCACCGACGAAGAUUUAGAUGAACUGAAGGCAUGCAUAGAGCUGGGAUUCGGAUUUGACUCUCCCGAAAUGGACAAGCGGCUGUCCGAUACUUUUCCGGCUUAUGGCCUUUACUAUUCAGUGAACAAACAUUACAACGAUACUAUUUCAAAGCCUCCGCCGCCACUUUCAUACGCCACCUCCGAGUGCGAUACGUCAUCUCCACUUGGAAGCCCCCACACCAUAUUCGGCGCCGUCAGCAUUUGCGUGAUGUUAUGAAGGGUUUUGUCGAUUUUCUCGAUUCGUUAUUCGAGUCUGUCGAGCCUACGUUCAUCAUUGAUGAUUCAACUAUCACCAGGAUCAUCGUCAACCAUCAGAUUAAGACAAUUUCCUUACUUCGAUACCAAUUUUGUUGCGAAAAUGACAAUAAAAUUCUUGUAAUAAGAAUUUUAAAACGUUCACAAAUGCGCGAUGUUAUGAAGGGUUUCGUUGAUCCCCUCGAUUCAUUGUUUGAGUUUGUCGAGCCUCCAUUCGUCGUCGACGAUUCGACUACCAUCAGACCAUCGUAACCAUCAGAUUAAGGCAAUUUCCUUGCUUUGAUACCAAUUUUGGUAUGGAAGCGAUAAUAAAAUUCUUGUAAUAAGAAUUAUGUAAGGUGUAUUGAAGUGGUUAUCUUUUAGUACUACGGUUAAGAUGUUAGUCUAUA